AACGGAGAAUUAGAACGGUCAGUGACACCCAUAUAUUUGUAUUAAUGACGCUCAAAUAACUCAUCGUUUGGAGCUCCGCGGGUUGCAGGGGAUUCGAGAGAGACGAAUGUGAAAAGUGAAAACCAUGGUGAAGAAGAAACCCCGAAAUUCAAAUGCUCCAAUCGAUCUCGCCUCUGCAGACUCUGAAAGCUAUUUAGAUUAUUCAAAACAUCGCUCAUGUUGGCGACACAUGGUGGCACAUCUACAAGCUCAGAAAAAGAGGAUGACUAAACAUGAGAUUGAAGAGAUAAAGGAGAUCUUUGAAUUUACUACGCCAUGUUUUUCAAAUACCUUCCCUCACCAUGAACGAUCAAAGAGGCGCAUAAAUUGCAAGAACAUAAUCGUCCGUAAAGAAAAGAAGAAGCUUGACACCGCUGCAUUUGAAUGGUACUUCAGGAACUUAUGGAAGAGCUUCUCUGAUGAUAAAAAGAGUUCAUUUGGCUACCUUGAUUGUUUAUGGUUUUCAUUCUACCUGAAAACAUCUUCUAGAGAAAAAGUGUUGAAUUGGAUAAAAAAGAAGAGAAUUUUUUCAAGGAAAUAUGUUUUUGUUCCCAUUGUUUGUUGGAAUCACUGGAGCCUCCUGAUCUUGUGCCAUUUUGGUGAGAGUUUGGAGUCAAAAAUUAGGGCGCCAUGCAUGUUAUUGCUGGAUUCACUUCAAAUGGCAAACCCAAAGCGCCUUGAGCCAAAUAUACGGAAAUUUGUAUUUGACAUUUAUAAAGAAGAAGGCAGGCCAGAGAGCAAACAGUUGAUUUCUAAAAUUCCCUUGUUGGUGCCCAAGGUGCCACAGCAGAGGAAUGGUGAGGAAUGUGGCAAUUUUGUUCUGUACUUCAUCAAUUUGUUUAUGGAUGGUGCUCCAGAAAAUUUUAGUGUUUCCGAGGGCUACCCUUAUUUUAUGAAAAAGAACUGGUUUGGCCCUGAAGCCUUGGAACAUUUCUUCAGGAAACUUGAUUCCAUUCCAAAGCCUGAUCUGUGAAUUCUGAUGGAGGAUUGAGCGUACAUAUUUCCAUAUUUCGGAUGGUCAAACUAUGACCAGGAAAAUAGCGACUAUGCUUGUACAUGCAGUGUAUGUUGAUCAUAUAUUUGUGAUUGCAAUGACUUCUUGCCCAUGUGGUAAUUCAAGUUAGAUUCAGGGAUACAUACAGAGAUAAUAGUUUCACCAUUCAUAGAGAGGAGCACCCUCUUUUUGGAUAGCUAUAAAGCCCAUUUGAUACAUACAGAAGUUGUUUAUAGCUUACCAUUUGAUGCUGAUAUCUAGCUUUUCUUUGCUGUUUUGUUGCAAA